AUGUCUCGCGACUCCGGCUCGCCAGUGUCGCGGCCAGGCUCUGCGGCUGUUUCACACUCAAACGGAUCUGUAGCAUUCUCACAAGCAGGCUCGACAACACCAAUAUUUGCACGAAGCACUCCACCACCGCUGGCGCCCAACAAGCUCGUGAAGCGCUCGUCCUCACUCCGUAGCACCAAUGGAUCGCCUCGCACUUCAUCUGGCUCAAAACUGCCGGUUCCUGUACUCAAGCGGCCAGCGACGAGUCAUCAGCGCUCAGUAACCAUGCAGGAGAUGUACUCAGGCGGCGACCAAAGCGAUCACAUGUCUAUCGACGAAAAAUCUGUCCCACCACGUGACCCUCAGCUCGUCAACUACUUCACGCCCACAGUCCAAUCUGAUGCUGCAGCUGCACGAAGGCGGAGCUCCACUGGUAUACCGAGCCCAAUCAAUCGAAUAUAUCCUGACCGGAAGUAUAGACCUGUGCUGGUCUCCGCAAGCAGAGGCAUUCGACAAGGGCAGAUCGAAAUGGAUGCUGGGCUGAGUGAUGGAGAGGGAGAAGGAGAAGUAACGCGAUUGACAGUUGCACCCAGCUACGGUUCGUCGCCGCUCCCUCAGCAAACUUCUGACUUCGGUCAAGGGCAGACUCCAAAACGCUCUUUCUCGAUUGGAGACCUCUUGGCAACUGGACCGCAACCGCUUUGGAGGCGACCUUCGCUCAACAAAUCGAAGACAGCUAGCAAACUCGCGCGCAGAAGCAGACCGAGAGUGGUCUCUGCGCCGCAGGCGGCCAUGGGUGGGGCGUUCAGCAGCAAUCAGGAUGGCGACUCUGACCGUCCUGCGAAGCGGCGAGACCUCACAGAUCCAGCCGCGGCGCGUCGCAGCAUCUAUUCGUCUGCUAGCAACAAUACUCGCAUUGGGUCGUCGCCUGCGCAGGAAAUCGAUCUCGACCUAGGAACAAGCACGCCUCAGUCUUUCGUCGCCAACGAUGGAGUCCCUCACGCUGUCGAUGUCUCGCCGGAGCAGACUUCCUCCCCACUGGAGCAACGACGACUUCCUUCAGCUACAGCCUACUCAGCAACUGUAAGGCCAGUCCGUGUAUCUGCAGCGCAAUCUGAAAUUACCUCUACGGUAGGUUCGGACAGCGAGUACCGGUCAAUUGGAGAUGCAAGUACCGACUACCAAAGCGACGCGGUCUACGAUUCCUACCCCACACGAACCACACGAAGUAGCUCUGGGAAGCGAGGACCUCACAUCGAGACCAUCUUCGACGAGUCGCCGCCACACUUUUCCAGCGGACGUAGUACAAGGCUGAAAGAUCUGCUCAGCGAUGGAGGUUUCCACCCUGACGAACACUCUGUGCGAUACAGGCACAGCACGAUUGAAGAAGAGGAGAGCAUCACCAGUACACCUGUGCGGUCACUUCGCGAUAAUAGCGUGACGUCUACGCCUUCUGGACGCUCUGGAUUACAACACCGCUUCACUUCGUCGCCGCCAGUCAUGUCAACGAUGCCAGAUCCCGAUGAGAUCGAUUGGGACGCACCAGAUGAUGAGCCACCUCGCAGUGUUUCCACACCAUACCAAUCACCGGCAACGAACGGAGCUAACGGCCAUGCCGCAAGAUUCCCUUUUCAGUUUGGCCCUGCCCUACCUGAUCAGCAAUCUGAGUCAGCGGAUACGACACCCUUCAGGCACAAUGGAGCCGCAUCAGACCGCGCAAAUCUGUUCGAGUGGUCCGAGACUCAGCCCAGCCCGAGCCAGAACGACUCGCCGCCUCGACCAAGGACUGUCCACGGCAAGAAAGAUCAAGAGAACAGAGGCAGCAGAUCUACUGGGCGGCGCGCUCCGAGUGGCAUGCAUGCACGGAGUCACAGCGUGCCUGUGGUCCCAGAUGUUGAAGGCAAGCGCAAUAACGUUGUGGCGAACAAGUUUGGUACUUGGGGUGUGGGUAGCAAGGUGGUGACCGAGGACUGGAAUGAGGACUUCGACUUUGACGAGAUGCUUCAGCCACUUCCGGAGCAGCUGCUGCAAGAUGACAAGCGAAUCGACAGUGGCCAUGAGAUGUUUGUGCCAAAGUCCAUCCGGGAGCAGCAGGAGAGCGUCAUGUCAAACAUCCGACUUUUGAAGGAAUGGGGCAUGGCCAUUGAAGAGCUGAAGGAGCUGCGGGUGAGGGCAGUGGCGUUGGAUAUGAUGAAUGGACCGUACGCACAUGCCUGGGAAGAGGUGGAUGCAAUGAUCGAGCUUGCAGAUCAGGAGAGCGAAGAGAAAACCUUGGAGCCUCGUCGAUCACCUCCCUCCUCGCCCGGCUUCGACUACGAUGAUUUCGACGAGCCCAUGCCUAGCAUAGCGGAAGCCACUCGACCCCGUGGACAGUCGUUUGGGGUGGAUCAGACGCCACCGCAGACCAGCGACCUUGCUACCGAAGCAGGUGCCGAGCAGCGCCCUAUGACUCCUCAAGAAUUCAUCGUCACUCGUCCGCGCAAGGAUUCGGAGGCUGUUGCAAAGUCAGUGAUCGAGGCGAUUCAGUCAAAACGCAGUGUUUCUGAGCCCCACGGCUUGAAGCCUGCUUCGGCAGCGAAGAAGGUACCGUUCGACACAGCCACGCUGCGGCACAUCGUGCCAUAUGUUAAAGACCUCAAACGGAAGGUCAAAGACGCUUUGCGUGAGACUGAAGGGCUGUAUUCGAGCCCUCACCGUACGAAACCGCACAAGCUCAUGGCUCGACACGACGAAGUUGAUGAACCGGCCUUUAAGAGCAUUUUUGACAGUCCUGGCGAUCAGGGCACGGUCGCAAGACGCAGGUCGAGAAGAGAUCAGGCAAGGACAGAUCAUGAUGGGAUGGAUACAGACCUUCCUGGUCGGGAUGAAGAGCUUGCAUCACAGAUGGAGGAUAUGAAGUUCGACGAAUGA